UUUCAUUUACUCUCACUGUAAAACGACACUAUAACUAUCUUGGGUUAGUUAUACUUAUCUUUGACCGUGCCAUGGUCAUUGGAUUAGACGGACAUGCUGAGUAGCGCCCGGGCGGGACAGGCGCAGAGUAGAAUUACACGGUUCAUGUUGUGUUGAUGUAUUUUAAACAUAUCGCGAGGCGACUUUUUGUUUUACGGUUAUAUCUGAAUCUUUGCAGUGACUUGUAGAAGAGAACCGCAGUGAACUAGCGGGUCUACUACACGGAUCUUUAUCCCAGUUGCCCCGAAAGCUUCCAUACAUCCAGCACUAGACCAUUCUAAAGGAAUCUGUCUAUCCGACCUGAAGUGUACAUCAGACGGUCGUCAAUAGGUGACAGCAUCGAACAAUUGGGACUCAAUAUCAUGGCAGAACAUCUGUCCCAGAGCGAACUGGACUACCCCUUUAAACUGCUGGAGUAUUUCAAUGGAUUCAGAGUCUCAAAGGUUAUCUUCUCAGCCUGUGAGUUGGGGGUUUUUGACCUCCUGCUGCUGUCCCAGAAGCCUCUGUCUGCGGAGCUCGUUGCCCAGGAGCUGGGCGCCAGCGUGGACGGGAUUGAACGCCUUCUGGACGUACUGGUGGGAGUCGACAUCCUGGAGGUGGAGCAGAUAGACGGGACAGCCUGUUACAGCAGUACUGAUGUGGCCAACCUCUACCUGGCCAAGGGCAGCGCCAAGUCUCUUCAUGACAUGAUCAUCUACCAAUCACAGACCAUCUACCCUCUGUGGAACAACAUGGUGCAGGCUGUCAGAGAGGGGAAAAACCAAAACGAAAAAACAUUUGGCAUCUCACCUGAAGACAUCUUCCAAACCAUCUACAGGUCAGAGGAGGAGAUGCUGAAGUUUAUGGGUCUGAUGAACUCAACAUGGAUCCUGGAUGGACACGACAUCGUCACAGCCUUCAACCUGUCCUGCUUUAAGGCCAUGGUGGACCUUGGAGGCUCUGGCCAGGAAGCUGUCCAAGGCCUACCCCUCCUCCUCUGUCACUGUGCUGGACCUUCCUACAGUCAUCCAGACAGCCAGACAGCACUUCUCUGAACAGGACGACACCAUCGUGUUUUCAGAGGGUGAGCAUCGUUAACCAUCCUAACCUCAACACCUCAGAUGAUCAGUCUGUAUAAAUGAGUGUUGUUUUGUAGGAGACUUCUUUGAUGCGACAUCCCUCCAGCUGAUCUGUAUAUCUUGGCCAGAAUCCUCCAUGACUGGAAGGAAGAGAAAAUGUGUUCAGCUGCUGAAAAAGAUCCAUGCAUGUUGUCAACCAGGUGGUGGGGUUCUGUUGGUGGAGGCUCUACUGUUUGAGAACCGUCGAGGUCCAGUGAUGGCUCAGAUCUUCUCCCUCAACAUGUUGGUCCAGACGGAGGGGAAGGAGCAUCCUCCCUCUCAGUACUCUAACAUGCUCUCCUUCGCUGGCUUCCACAACGUCCAGGUCUGUCGGACAGGGAAGUCCUACGAUGCCAUCCUGGCCAUCAAAUGAA